CUCUCCAUCUCAUCUUGCGCUCCCCGCUCAGUGAAGUCACAGUCCGCAGCGACCGGAGCACAGAUUGGAGCCUCUCCUUCUUCGAGGGAAAAGUGCCGUUUUCACCUCCUCUAUUUUGUUACUCAAACUUUCAAUGGGACCAGGCGAUUAACUCUUCCUGCUGAUCUCUGUGACACUCAGCUGCAGCCAUGGACUGCUGCACUUUUGGUUCUGGACUCCCUGGAUUUUUACGCAUCGUGUUGCUCUGGGUUGUGAACUCGGGGGCGUUGGCGCAGAACGGUAGGUGCACGCAAAACUUUUUAAUAAAACUGUUUCAUCUUUAAUAUUUGCUAUAAUAUCAGCAAAAAGUCACCGGCUAGCUACAUAAUCAAAGCCGAAAAUCCAAAGUUUUUUCACGUAAUCUCCAGUCCUGCAUGUGGUCAAAAGUUUUCUCUAAUUUUCAGUGUUUGAAAGAGCAGAAAAAAUGCACAUCUCACCAGUUUAAAAUCGGAUGAAUCUGCAGACUCGGCUCCUGAGGCUGCAUUCCUGUCACUCAGCAUGUCCGCAGGUUAGAUGGACCUUCAAAGACAGAGGACGAAACACAAACAUGAGGAUGUGACUCGGAUAAAACCUUCAACCAAAGGAGACUUUUCUGCACUUUUCUUCAGCUCUUUUCUGAGCAUGAGUGUAAAAGUUUUAGAGAUGAUUUUUUCUAAUUGAGUCACUUAAGGAAGAAGAACGAGUUCACACCACGGCUGAGUAAACUGCACUUAGUUCAGCUGAGCGAGGCUUUUAAAAACAGCUGUAAAAACAACAUGGACAGAAAUAAAACGAACAGCAGACUCAUAAACACUGACAAACAACAUUUCCACUAAAGUGCAGCAGUAAAAGAAACAAGAACAACGACCCCAUGAUCCAGUUUCUGUGCAGAUUUCUUCCAGCAUUAUAUUCUUGUGUUUCAACAUUUAAGAGGAUCAUUAAAGACACGGAAACUCACAUAAAAAUCAAGAGUUUGGGUUUUCUAUUAAGUGCAGCUGCUUAAAAACUUCUAAAACUGGAGGGUCAUUGAACACAAACAUGGACAAGAAAUCAGAUACAGAUCUGACAUGAUUCAUGGUCGUGAAGAGUUGGUUUCACCCGAUUAAAGAUGGAUAAUAGUCAAAGUUUUUGGUGUGAGCAGAGACUCAGAUGAAGCUCAAAUUCCUGCAGAUUUGACAAGAAUUCAGGACAGAAAAAAAGGGUCUGCUGGUCUGCGUGCCAGCCCGUCCUCCGCUCUGCUCGUGUCUUUGUCUCCAGGACGUCCAGCAGCACAUCAAAAAGCUCUUAGUCGUAAACUUUAAGGCCGGCCGUCGUAAAACGACACGCUGAGGGUCCUCGGGAGCUCUGCACCAAGAAUACCAGACAUUUCUGAGCCAAAACAAAGUGUACUGCAAAUCCUGGAACUGCAGGAGAUGCAUGCAGUCCAGUUGACCCAAAAACUCAAACGGCACUGAUGCUUGAACUUGGCUCCGUCUUCUGAUUCUCAUAGUAGUUCAGGCAUUUCAGUCCUACAGUGCCAGACCAGAAUCAAAAGGCUGGUCCUCUGGGGAGCCCGAUCGUGCUCGGUGAGUUUGUUGAUAUCUUUGUGAAAGUAAAAGUGUUGGAAGGAAGACAGGUCAAAUGCUCAUCCGCUCGGGGGGCAACACGUCUGGACUGAAUUUCAUGGUAAUCCAUCUGAUGCUUGUUAAAACAUUUUAGUCUGGAUCGUCCGGCUCACAGAGACUCGAUCCGGAUUCUGGGAACAUCUUUUACAACGAUGAAACUGUCCUCUGUGUCUAUCUUGUGUUGCUCCUGAAUGAAAACUGUGCUCUUGACUUAAAGCCGCUGUAAUAAUUAGUGAUAACGAGUCUCAAGUAUUUUCCGACCUCAUCCAGACCCACAGCUCGCGGUGUUUUCACGCUGAGUGAUAAGCCCUCUGGGAAAAACACCCCUAACCUCGGUUGCGUUAACACCACGUUCGCCUAAAUUCACCUCCUUUCCCGAGAAACUCUGCAGAGUUCCUGCACAUCUGGGCAGCCUGAGACCUCCCUCCCUCCCUCCCAGUGGGAUCUCCUCCCCUCGGGGGGCCGCUUCAUUAGCUCAGCCUCCCCUCCGGCUCUGUAAACUCAUUAAGCCGACAAUUGGAGGAGUUUAGCUGGCAGCUAACGUCUCGACAAUUGUCCUCCUGCCUUUAAACCUGCUUGUUUGGACGACCUGUGACCCUGAAUCUUGUCAGAGGAGCUUCCAGACGAGAAGCACACUCAGACAGGCGGCGAUGUAAACAAGAGACUUGGUUUUCAACACACAGACCCGCCUGUUAGUCCUUGUUUAGGCUGUAACUUCUCCUCGUCCGUUCACAGCUUUGACUGCCUUAAGACACCCUAAAUACCCUGAAUGUUUGUCCUCGCUGACGUGACUUCACUCAGCCGCCACCAUCAAACUCCAACGAGAGAAAGGAAACCAGUUCUGACAGAAACUCUCCUCUUUGUUCCUGCCUUUGUUGACCUAGUUCACUUUGCAGAUUUUGCUCUUUUGAAAGUGUGCAAGUGUGGAAAGCUGCACGUUCUGCUCAGGUUAGUCCCCGGGUUGUUUUAGCCUCCAGCAGCAAAGGUCUGUCAUGCGCCGUUGGCUUUUUCCCGCGGCGAGUUUGGAGAGGCGUGAGGCUCGCAGGAAUGUCUGUUGUUCUUAGCAAUUUAGAUAACCUCUGGAGGUGAAGCCAGCCCUCCUGCUCACCUCCUCAAAGCCGUUUGACUGUUUAAAGAGCUAAGUGAAGUUGUAAGUUUGGCACCUUUACGUGCAAGUUCUUCUCACCUGCUGUGCCAAUAAAGUCAGGUGAUAAUUUGUCAAAUCGACAGGUUUUUGGUCCCGAUCUGGACUGCAGCUUUUCUUGGUGAGAUUUUCACCUCUCUUGCCCUGGACAUGGUUUUACAAUCACCACAGGGUAACAUGGGCGUGAAGACAACCUCAGUGGUCUUUCUUUGGCAGUGGUCUAAAAACUGCAGAUGAAAAUGCAAAGGAAAGAUGUUUCCACUUCAGUUUAGAUGAAGCAGAAGAAAACCUCUCAGCUCUGAGGAAAGACUUCUCCCCUCAAUCAAAGUCCUGUGGAGCUGCUCUAACUUUGACUCAAAACACCUACAGUUGACAAUAAACUAACAAACACUCACCUUCAGUGUCUGCUCUCUGCGCCUCAUUCCUCUCAAACUCCAGCUAAGUUACACUUCCCACCUAAAAGACAAACAUACAAACACUCCAUUCAAGUACAACUAAAAAACUAACAACACGGCUCAUCUUAAGGCCGCAGCUCAUUACACUCAGUAAGAGACACACCUGCAGGUUCUGCAUUUACACCUCCAAAUCAACACAGAUCAAGUCCAAACCUUCACACCAAACUAAGACGAAGGUUCUGAUUCUACUGCUGCUGACUACAGCUGUCUCAUCACGCCUGUUGGACUCAGUUACAAGCUUCUCUAAGGAACAUGGUUUUGGGAUUUUGACAAACAACACUCUGUCCUAAGUCCAGGUCUUCUUCAUCACACAAGGAUGGAUUGAAUGCUCCUUUAGAGCUCCUCCUCCUGCUUCUUCUCCUCAUCAUGGACACAUCUGGAAAACUGUUUCACACUUCAUGUUGGACACUGUCAGCUGCUACACUCAUACAGUAGUCUGACAUUUAGAGAGAUCAUCCCCACACGGUCCGCUCGGGGAUGCUAGUUUUGGACAUCUCUCCUUAAUCUACAACGCCCGGUGGAUGUAGAACAUCACCGGUCUUCUGUGGGGCACGUCGAGCCAGCUCCCCACAGAAGCACGGUCCCGGAUGGUCUGCGGUGGCAGAAGUCAACAGGUAAUAGGGGUUGAGAGCUGCAUGCGUCUAAACUAAUUACCUUAAAUACAGCCGGCCUCAGGAUUACUUCUCCAAUUUGACAGCUGGCAAAGUUAGUGGUGGCAGCAGUGGCGAGGUUCUGCGCGGCACUUUUCAUGCCAUUCAUUCAUUCACUGGAGUAGAAGUAAAGUAUGAGGAUCUGCAGACAGGAGGACUUGGGUGAACGUUCUCCUGACAGGUCUGCUGAGACCGGCGGCGGCGAGAGGAAGAGCGUGGCCAGAUGGAGACAGAAAUCUGGAAAAGAAAACAGCCGCAUUAGUUUGGGGUGCUUUCACUUGUUUUCUGCUCAACUCUGACCUCUCAGAAAAGCCCAUCAAACACCAUUUUCCCAGCCUAUCAGAAAACACUUGAAAGCAGCAGCUUGUUUGGGAGUCAGACAUUGAAGAGCAACUUUUUAUGAGCACUCAAAGAAACUGGCAUCCCACAGGGCAGCAACAGGCCCAAGCUGUGUCACACCACCACCUCCCCAGCAGACCACCAUCCUGUCACACUGCCUAACACAAAAACAUCAUAGUAUAGUCUUUGAAAAAUGUCAUAGUAUAAUAUCUUAAAAUACUCAUAGUAUAGUAGGAUAUGAAGGUCAUGGUAUUAUCUGUAAAAACAUCAUUGUAUAGUCUGUGAAAAAUGUCAUAGUAUAGUAUUAUUAAACAAAUCUAAGUAAAGAAGGAUAAAAAUAUCCCAUCUUAUCAUGAAGAAAACCUCUCAGCCAAACUUUAGCUCUGUUUCCCACAACAUCAUGGACUCCUUUUGUUUAGUCUAACUCUGACUCCACUGUCCUUUACUCGGCCGACAGCAGGACCCUGUCAAACCCAAAGACUCUGGGGUAAACCCUCUUAUCCCAUCAGGGCCUGAGAUUCCCCCAGUUUUCAUUUCCUGGUGAUUAAAUUGACACAUCUGGAGACUCAAGAAGACAAAGUGAGAGGAGAAGAUUUUGGUCUUGGAGAGCACUGAUCUAUCGGGAGGAACUAGUCCUCUCAAAGACACACAUGUCGGGGAAAAUCCACAAGUCUCUGACACAAAAAGACAAAGAAGAAAGAUAAAACAAAGAUAAAACGUUGACUCUGUUUUCGCUGUUUUGGUUCUCUGUCUUUCAGCUCCGGAGUGUUUUCCAGGAGGUCAUCGGCUUUUGCGUAACCCCUAUCGCAGCGUCGACUUUGACUCUACGGAGAUCCAAAACACGGCCAUCCAGGACCUGAUCUGUGACCACUCGCUGUCUCCGGGAUGGUACAGAUUCAGGAUCAACAACAAGCCGGCGGAGAUGCCAACCACCUGUGUUGAGGUGAGACAAUUGCACUCAUCCUUUCUCCUCCUCUGCGUCUCUCCUUCGCCUCCUCCAUCAUCAAAGUUCGUGUGAAAACAUCGUUUCUAAGAGUGGCAGGUUGGAUGAUCACCUUCAGCCCAGCUGUAGGUGUAAUAACCACCUCUCUGCAGGUAAUGACUGUUUCUGUCCCGCUCUGUGCAGAUGAACCGAUGUGGUACUCAGGCUCCGGUGUGGCUCUCUCUGAGGGACGCCUCUCUGCCUCGACCCGGCGAGGUGCGACAGCUGUCCGCCUGCGCCACCUGGCAGUUCUUCCACGGUAGCGCCAAAGACUGCUGUCUCUUCAGGAUCCCCGUCACGGUGCGCAACUGCGGCGAGUUCAUGAUCUACUACCUGCAGCCCACGCAGGGGUGCAUGGGAUACUGUGCUAAAGGUAAACCCGCAACUUUUUUUAUUUUGACUUUGAGUUUGACUAACCCUGGACUUUUCAAAGACGAGUUUAAACAAACUUCAGGUUCGAUAUUUAACGAUGGGACGGAUGAGAACAUGAACUCUAUUCAGCUGAUAAUAAAGGUUUAAUCUCAUGUUGCAGUUGCUCCAGAUUUGGGGCCCAGACUGUGCCCCCGAGGUGAGGUAGAGGUAAACGGACAAUGCAAAGGUGAGGAUGUUUUUGUUUUCGAGUCUUUAAACUUUCUCUUAUGGCUCACAUCAGCUUAAUUGACAAAGAAUUAAGUCGAGCUGCAAAUAUCUUUUGGUUGCACAAAAAAAAAUCAAUAUUGCACAAAGGAAGUUCAGUCAAAUCCUGAUCAGGGUUGUUUUAAAUCGCUUUUUGGCACAUUUUCAGUUGUUUGUCCGUCUGUUUGUGUUUCUAGCUGCUGUUCCAGCCCUCCCGUCCCGGCCCACGAUCACCCCAGAGCUCGUCGGCCAGAGCGUCCACCUGAGGUGCUCCUUCAUCCCCCCGCCGUGGAGCCAGCUGCUGGGCUUUCAGGUGGUUUGGGCGAGACACAUCGGCCACAGCAUGAAGGCCGAGAUCAGGCAGGAAUCCACGCUGAAGCCCUUCUCUGUGGUGGAGAUGGAUGGUGUUCACUUCAGGCUCGGAGAAACGGUAAUUUCAGCCAGACCGUGCUGAAAGUUUUCGGGGAGCACAUGUGGAGGGUUUGACCCCUGGAGAUGCAGUAUAAAGCCAUGGAUCAUACUGACCUCUUUCUGCCGGGGUUCAGCCCUAAAAACGUGCAGGCGGAGAGGCAGCGUGUGUCAUAUCCCGUUAAGAGCGGGCAAGAGGAGGGUGGGGAAGUUAAAUCAGUUGCAGGUUGGGAAAGCCGACUCCACAUGCUUUCUAUUUAAUCAGCUUCAUUCAGAUCUGCGCAGUGAAACUCUGAGGAGUUAUUUCUGCUUGAGUAGAAGAAAUUCCUUUAAAACAAAGCUUUUGCUGCACCCACCGUUUAACUGGAUUUCAACAAAUCUGCACUGGCAUCGUCAAAUCUACUUUGACAAAAGUCUUAUCUUGCACAAUAAACUGCAAAGAUGUUGGGUAGAAUUCAACAGUGAUAAAUCUGGAGUCUGCAACUCUUCCUUAAGCGCCCUUCUGCAAAACUCCACGGGCUUCAAACUUUUGGGCUCUUGACUGUUGAAGCUCCAACUUUAUAAGACGGUCCACCACUGACCCGUGCUACAGCUCCUGCAGCUGACCCAUGCUGGCACAUGUUGCAGAGCUGUUUUUGAGUGAUUGAUGCAGAGUUUUUCCCUCAACCAACGCUUGCAUGUGCAUGUUGGUGGUCAGAUGUCUAUCAUCUGUGUUCCUUUAGCAGAGGACUUGAGGUGAUGCAGAGAGUUUGAUCAGAGGCAGAGGGAGCGUCUUUGAAAGCUCUUUGAGUCCGGGUUUGUCUGUCAGCCAUUUGUGGUUUCCUCCAUAUGAGACGUUCGGUAAAAAGGGAUUUGUUUGCAACUUCAAAAAUCAACAUUUACGAGCCUUUUGCUGCUAAAUCUAAGCAUUUAAGAGGCUGUUGCAUGUCAGGCUGAGCUUUCUACACAGAGGAGUAAUUCCACCUCGCAGGGGAAUAAAAAGAAAUCGAAGGAAAUAAAGUCAUCUGACUGUUGAUUUAAAGCGACAGCCGAAAAGCUUGUUGAGCCGACAGUUUGGCAAAGUUUCCACAGUCUCACAGAGUUUUUUUCUCACAGCUGAGCAGACUUGAAAUUUUAAUUGCUUCUCUGCUUUGGGAGUGAUAAUUGUCGGGAUUUGGGUUCUUUUGUUUCUUUGACAGUCUGUGCAGAGCCUCAUGUUCAAGCCGUCAAACCCGGAGGCUGCUGACGGCUCUUAUUUCCAGAAAACAUUCAGUUAUCAGAUCUUAGUUGUGAUGCUAUUUGAAGCUGAGGUGACGUCACAUUACCGUUAACUCUCCUGCAGCUGUAUCUGCUCCCUGGGGUUAUAUUAGUGUGUCUGGGACGUGUUGCAGAGGGCCGUCUUAAACACAUGUUGAUGCAGCAGCUGAGACAGGUCAAAGGUCACUUCCCUUUUUUUAAACUAUGGGAGUGAGAUGAAUGUUCGUGCAGGAAGUGUUUUGAUCGAUUACAAAUACUGUGUCAGUCACACAAACAAGAGUGUGCUGCAGGAAAUCUGAGGCUCUUUGUCGUCUUGAGAGGUGAACGUGCUCACUUAAGAAAAAGCUGAGUAAACGGUGGGUUUCUGAAGAUGCAGGACGGAGUUUAAAAGCAUCUUUUCAGUCAGAGUUGAUAAAAAUAAAUGAUCAGUUCAGCUAAUACAGCAAAAGCUCGAAGGCCUAUUUUUUAAAGAAAGGACUCGAACUCUCUCUUACAUUUCUAAGUGGUGCUUUCUUUGCAGUUCUCCUGCAGCGUGUCGACUUUCAGAGCCAACUCCAGCCACAGCAGAUCAGCUCCAAAAGAGAGUGAGAGCUUCUUCGCAGGACUCAAGGUGAACUUUAUCAUACAGAAGAAUGCAGAGGAAACCUCGCAGAGUUGACUCACCACUCACUCGCUCUUCUCCGUCCUCUUCCUCUCCAGUUUUCUCCGCACUCGCUCCAAAUAGCCGAGAACAGCAAAGAGCACGAGGUGACGGUCUUCAGCACGGUGCCUAUCCCCUGCUACGACCCCGAACACGGUCACCAGUGUGGAGUCCCGCUGUCUCUCAGUGUUCACGAUCCAGGUCAGCACCUGCAGGAAAAUAAAGGAAAGCAUCUGUGUCAAAGAUUGUGUUGUUGAUUAAAUGGAGACAGAAAAGAAGAAAAACAGCUGAUCACACAUUCAUCCUUUAAAACAGAUUCACAAGCGCUUCAAGAACAGAGAAAAAUAAAGGCCAAAUAACACAAACGUGAAAAAUAAGCCAGUCGUUUCAUUUCCUAAUCCUUGAAUCUCUGACAGCACAGCUUUAACAUCCAUUAGCGUCUCCUUUAUUGGGCCAAAACACCAACAAGAGGAGCCGCUUUUAUCUCCAGAGAUCCUAACUUCUAAUUAGCGUGUCUACAGUGAGUUAAUAAAGAAGUCUGAAGCAUCUUUCAUUCGAGUCCAGUGGUUGGUUGAUGAAAAGAGUUAACUUGUGUAGAAAACUUUGUAUUUUUUCUUCUGUUUUGCUCCAACUUGCCCUGUUCACCAUCACAUCAAAGUCAACUCAAGAGGACAUUAUUACAGUCCUGUCGGCAGCUGUACGUCGUCCUUUAACACUAACUCACAGCUGUGUUGACGUCCACAGACAGUCUCGGACAUGAGGCCUCAAAUGUGGCGCUGUCCGCCUGCCAGGUGGAGCUCCGGCCCAGCGCCUGCAGCGGCGGCAGCUGCGGCGGGGCCACGUUUUUUGCCACUGCUGUCACCGAUUUCACACGAGAUGGGAACCGGCCGAGUCUGAUUGGUGUUCUGCCCGGAUCCAGUGCACCUCGGCUCUGGAGAAACUACAUCCCAACAUCCCUGAAAGUGAGUUAAAGUGAAACUCUCUGUAUUUUAAAGGAUACUACAUUCAUCUGUUAUCUUCUGGGGCUUUUUAAGGUCAGAACCUGAUUCAAGCCAUCUGCAGACAUACCCUUGAAAUGGUCCAGGAGAUUCUUGAGGGAUUUGCAGGGUCCAUGAAAUAGCUAAGGUCGUGCUUGUGGGUGCUUGAAGGGUCCUUGAACAGGUUUUAGUUGUCCACAAGGAGAAUUAAGGAGCGCUACAGGAGGAUUCUGUCGUCCUUCAUCAGUUGGAAUCCUAGAAACCCCCAAAAACCUGAAAUCUGAACUUUUCUGGAAUUUAAUUAUAUACAAAAUUACUUUAAUCAAAGAGCCAAAUUGUCUGUAAUUUCAGGUCCCUGCAUUGUGCUGUUUAUGUAUACACACAGUUGUACAGCACUUCAUGAAAUUGGAGGGUAUGUUGGGGGUUCAGGACUCAAAGUGUGCCUGAUCCAGUGCUUGACGUGAUGUUUAAAAAGCGCCUCUGUGUGUAGCUGUUUCCACACCGGCUAUUAUGUUAUAUAAGACAUAAUGUCGGCCCUCCAGACAUUGUGUCUCUGGGGGGGCUUGUCCCAGAGGAGUUUCCCAUCUGUGUUUAGUGAAAACAUCAAAGCUGAAGGUCAGGGGUCACAGGGUGGAGCCCCGCUAAUCUUUGUUCUCUUGACCUCUGCCUACAGGUCACGGUUCAGGACGUCCCAACUUCCAUCUGCUACUCUCUGACUGACCCACAUGUCAUUACGUUGGACGGCAGGUAAAUUACCUCCUAAUCGGUCAUCAGAAGACUUCAGGUGGUUAUUUCAGCUUCAGUUUAGACAGCCUGUUCUCAACCCUGAGGCGUCAAACACUUAUGCUUUGUCAGCGGAUUACACACGACCUUGUGAACAGCCUAUCUACUUUCUUCCAGACGUUAUGAAAACCACCAGACCGGCACCUUUGUUCUCUACCGGAGCCUCGCCAGGGAGUUCGAGGUCCACUCUCGCCAGUGGGACUGUGGCAGCAGACACUACGCCGUCGCUUGCAACUGCGGCGUUGCGGCACGAGAAGGGAAUGAGGUCGCAAUCUUUGACAUGUGCAACGGUCAACCGCAGGAAACCAGGCCACAGCUCACCCUGAAGAACCUGGGUGAUGGGGAGGGCAGUCGAGUCAGAGUGAUGGAGUCCCACCAGGGGAAGAAGGUCACCGUAGGUAUCCGAACAUUUUAAUAAUGGGACAGAUUUGUUUGGAAAGUUUUUUCUUCUUUCCUGUCCAAGCCGAAUCCUUUCAGGUGAUCAAGAACGUGUAAGUGUGUUUGACCUUUUUCAAACUUUUCUAGCUCAUGUUAACUAGAUCCUGGAUCUGUCUCUCUUCUUGCAGCUGAUCUUUCCCUCUGGGGCCUUUGUGAGGGCGGAUGUUGACGACUGGGGGAUGAGUUUAUCCGUGCGAGCGCCCAGCGUCGACUUCAGCAACACUCAAGGCCUCUGUGGCACCUUCGACCGCAACGGCAACAACGAUUUCCAAGGUUCAAACGGUGCCUCCUUCGGUCCUGACGACCUGCAUCGCUUCAUAGAGGACUGGAGGUCAGUGUGAGAUGUAAAUAGUCCCUGUUUUGUUAAGACAUCAUUUGUGUGAACUGGUAGAUCUCCAAAGUGCUGUUUUGUUUCUGUGGUUUCCCCUUCUACUGUGUUUGCCAGGAUAGCUCCUGGUGAAAGUUUAUUUGACCAGACACCUCCUGGGACGCCGCAGGAGUUCAGGAGGCCUUUCUGCCAAUGCCAAAAAGGAUUCAGCACUUCUCAUCAAGCCAGUAGAGGGAUGAGGAACUUGUACACCCCUUCUGCUCACUCUGACUGCGUGGCAUACGAUAAUGUGGAUUACACAUCGAUAUUUCCCUCCAUGGACACGACAGUGGAAUACAUAAAGAGUCCAGAACCAGAGGAGAGCAUCCUGGAGAUGUCUGAGUCUAACAGUCACCCUCUGGAGAGGAGGCACCUGUGGUUUAAAAGCGAGGAUGGCGAAAACAGUGAUGGAGAUCUUGAGCUUGAGUUCAGACAGGAUCAUCUUCUCUCUGCUGGAAGACCAAGAAGACAGGCUUCAUUUGAAUUCAAACCAGUCUUUGCUGCUCAGAGCCUCAGCCAGGCCGAUCUGAAGAACUUGGCCUACUUCUUCCCUGAGGAUCACCUGGCAGAAGCGAGACCGGAGGUACAGCCUCAGUGGCCCACACCGAGUGGUCUGACUUCUGCAAAAGCUCUCGAGGUGUGCCAGAUAGCUUUGGCUAACUCCACUGUAGGCGCAGUGUGCCGUGAGCUGCUGGGACGUCGCCUGGACGAGGCGGUGGAUCUGUGCAUUUUAGACCUGCAGCUCAAGGACGAUCUGGGCUGGGAGGAGGCCCUGCUGCCUUACCUGGAGAAUGAAUGUGAGAGGAGGCUGCUGGAAAACCGGACCCAGAGAGCCUUGGAGGUGGGUAGUGCACCCGGAGCAGGCAGGGAUGUGGUGACGGCGCUGCGCUGCCCAAACUUUUGCAACGGAAAUGGCGAGUGUACAGACUGGGGCUGCCAGUGUUAUCCCAGCUACAGCUUCUACGACUGCAGCCUGGCCAUCAGUGAGUAUCCAGAGACGGAUGUUUCAGUCUUUGACGGCUGUAGGUGCAGCAUUAUCUUUUCUUUUAGGUGUUUAAACUGCAUAAUUGCACCUCAGCGCAUAAACUGUAAUUUUCCUCAUCAAGUUCCAGAGUGCUGCAGACGUGCCAUCUCUAAACUAACCUUUGCUCUGAUAGGCCAGCCAGUCGAGAUCACAGAUUUGGAGAACAGCGGACUCUGUGACAUCCGAGCCUUCAACUGUCGAGACAUCCGGGUCUUUGGGCUCGGCUUCAUCGACUCUCCUGACCUCAGCUGCCACGCCACCAGAUUGAAGGUUAGGAAAUCGAGAAGUACGGUUGAAUAAGCGCGUUGCUUUCAGUCAAACUUGAAUUGCGUUGCUCUGCCUCCACAGUACAUGAACGGGGUCUGGGUUCCAGGAGAAAAACAGAGAACCAAAGCCACCUUCCUCAGUUCCAGGGCUUUAGACUGUGCUGUCCCAUCUUUGAGCAACACGGCAGUCAACACAGAGGACUUCAUGAUGGAUGAUAAACCAUACGCACGCUGGGAGAUUAAAGUAAUUCUCUCAGAAUAUUGGCUGUUUUUCCAAGAAGGUGUUCUUUAGAGUUAUUCGGUCUUUCUCCUGCCUCAGGUAACCAAUGAUGGCUCCCAGUACAGCCAGGCCAAAGUGCUGACCAUCUACGACGGCGUUUGUCAAGUCUGCGAGGCAUCUCGCUCAGGACUCUGUAAGUUAAAGGUAACUUGCAUAAAAUGUGGACAGUGUUUUUGUUCUCACUUUGUUCAUUACCCAAAGAGUCGGGGGUUCAGGGCAAAGACUGGCAGUAAAAGUAGCUAUGAGCUUAAUCUCUCCCUUUGAGAAAACUGAUGUUGAAUGGUUAACACGAGAUCUGAAAGACACAAAGAAGACGCUCUUUGGUGCGUCAGACAUUGUAAACAAUGUUUCCUUAUUUAGGGAUGUUAGACAUCAUUCAAACUGCUGUGGUCUUGUAGAGUGCAGAAAACAGAUUUUGCAGAGGGACAUGAAGUUAAUGUUCAGUGGGAAAAUGUGGUAAAGUGUUUUAUACACUCUGCUAAAGCUGCAGAGACUACUCUCUCAACACUUUGUCGCCGGUUAAAUGACUAAACCAGAGACAUGUGUGAUUUCCCACCAUCCCUGCAUGCAGCAGCUGGUUAUUUAAAAAACAAACCUUUUAAAAAAAACAAAGUACAGACGAGGUCCUGUUGUUACUGGAACUGCUUUUUAUGGGAGCAGAGACAGGACAACCUGUAACCUCCAAAACAACCUUCGCACACAGACACAAAGAGAUUUACAUGCGUCUGCCAAACUCAGCUCAAUUGAAUUUACUUAAGCAGAGGAGAAGCAGAUGAUGAGUAUUAAGAGCUGAUUUCCUCCUACUUACAUGGCAUCACCAGAGAAAAUAAUUAAAGACAAACUGAGAGCUUCAAAAUAAGGUUUUAUAGAGCUAAAGUUUCUACUCUCCAUUAAAACAACACCGUAAAUAUCGGCGCACGAACAAACUUUUGGACAAACCUUGAUUCUGUUUCCAGGAGGAGACGUGCAACAUCGACGGGAUGUGCUUCAAGGAGGGAGACGCCAAUCCCAGCAGCCCCUGCCUGCUCUGUGACCCGGACACCUCCAGAUUCACCUGGUCUGUGAACCAAGGUACAAAACAACUCAUGAUGCAUCUCAUCCUACACUUUCUAAAAUCAAAAAUGACCUCGCCUUGAUUACAGUGCUACAGUUUCUCAGUGCCUGAUGGAGAGCCUGAAACCAGAAGUAAAGGAGCAGCUUAAUCUUCAUGUUUUUGACUGGCAUGGUCACAGAUUGGUUUAAGGCUGAACGACAAAUCUGUGCUUAUUGUUCUGACAUUCAUAUCUAAAUCUGCUGCCAACAAUGAUUAUUAAAAUCCCCUCGUUUACUACGAAACCGAAUGGAAGACUGGGGUUGUUUUGGCUCCAGCCUGCAGCUCCCUAAUGGAGCAUUACAUGGAAAACAGUGUUUAUCUUACUCCAUUAGAGCAGCGGUGAGCGUCUGUCACCGUUUCAGCUGUCCAACUGAGGUCCUGUUUGUCGCCCAUCAGCAGAUCAAAGGAGCGGAGGUCUGAGUUCCCCAGCAAGUCCUGACCUGUCGCUUAACCAGCGUGAAAGACAGAGAGAGAGAGAGAGAGGAGAGGGGGAAAUCACAUGGUUGGUUAGAAAAGCGACAAGGACUGACAGUUUGUGCUUCGAUAAAGUCAACUUUCACAGUCAUAGCUGGACAUAACAGGAGGAAACAAAGCCGUGAUUCAAGGGUCGAUUUAUUCCAACAAACCUCUUUAAAAAAUUUGAUCUAUUUUCUAUUUAAAGACGGAUUACGUCAGGAAUCCAGUAACAGUAACAAUCCCGUUAAUCGGCGAGCAAUCUCUGUCUGUUUCUUAACACAUUACUGUCGUGCUGAGCAGGUGUUUCCUGAGAUUAUCAUCAGUUUUUACUUUUUAACGUGUGUCAGGGGAACAUGAGCUCAGAGGUGGAAGCUAUGUGUUCUCGUCGGGGCCGCUGAGAGCUCGACUCGGAUAGAGAAGCUGGAAACUCCUCCAGCCUGGACGUGUGUGUGUGUGUGUGUUUCUGAUGAGUCUUCCAGGAACAGCCUGCAGGAAACAGUUUAGUUUCGGACCUCAAAACACAAAUACAAGUCACUAAAUAUAACAGUGGGAACGACACAAGAGCUACAGGCAUUAAUGCGAAGCACGGACGCUCAAAAAGAUGACAAAUCAAGUUAUGUAGAUUCAUCAUUUUCAAGUCUGGACUUCAUGAAGCUUUGCAUGCAUCAUAACUACUUUUUUAACAGAUUGAAGUAAUCAUCUAAACUGAAUCUGCUUCCUGGGCAUGUUUAAUGUCUUUGCUUUGGUCUUUUUUCUAAACUUUCUCUCUCUCUGUCUUCAGUUAACGAGCCGCCGUCCUUCCACCAGCCUCAAACCAACCUGCGGACGUUUGCGGGAGAGAAUUUCGUCUUCCAGUUUGCAGCGUCAGAUCCUGAGGGCUCAGCGCUCCUCUUCCAGCUGGAGACCGGGCCGAGCGGAGCCGUCCUCUCCCCCGCCGGCCUCCUCAUCUGGAGGGUCCCCACUCUUCCUGAGCAGGAGGAGGGACUUGAGUCGAGUCGCUCUGUUCGUUUUACGCUGUCGGACGAGUGCAACGCCCAGAGUACCUUCACAGUGGAGGUAGAACCAAAGGAACACACAGAGAAGAAAAAAAGAGACCUUAAAAAACACGUUUGAAUGAUCUCUCUCUGUUCUCCAGAUUGAUGUGGUGCCGUGUGGUUGUCAGAACGGAGGUUCGUGUGUGACGGAUGUCAACUUUCCUGCGGGCAGUGGGAAGUACCUGUGUGUUUGUCCUGAGGGGAGGCAGGGCGUCCUCUGUGACGAGGACGUGGACGAGUGUUUGUCAGCUCCGUGUGCGGUCGGAAAGUGCGUAAACACAGACGGCGGGUUCAGCUGCGAGUGUCCUGCAGGGCUGAGAGGUACAAACACAAAUGAAAAAAGAGUCUUAAGAAUCCAUCAGCUCACACAGACUUUUAGUUGCAUAAGCGUGUUUCUGAAUGUGUUUUUGCAGGUAAAACAUGCCUGGAGGAUAUCAACGAGUGUGAAAGAAAACCUUGUUUCCCAGGAGUCCAGUGUUUCAACAACUUCGGCUCUUUUGGCUGCGGCCCUUGUCCGCAAGGCAUGCUGGGAAAUGGGACAACGUGCGCAGGUGGGGCUGAGUAAAAUCGGCAUGUGUUAUCUUUCUAAUGUUAGCAGAAAAUACCUCAAAAGCGUUGAUUUUUUUCUGCAGAGGUAUUCCUCAAAUCUGGAGUCCAGUGGUGAGAGCUGAUGGACACAGAACAUAAAACACUCUGAUUAUUACAUCGUGUGAAUUAAGUGGAAACAUACAACACUCUGCAGGUUUUCGGGAUGAUGAAUAAUAAACAGAUGUCAGCGAAAAAUUCAGUCACAGCCAAAAAUAUUACUUCAUAUCCUGUCAUGAUACUGCUGUAUUUAUGAAUAGUGAGAAAGUUUCAAAGGUUUUACGUGUUUAAAGAACACCUUUGAUAAAGUCCGGUACCUGGAUCUGUUAUUUGGCACAAGCUUCAUAUAAGGAGGUGAAACUGGGGUAAAAGGGGAAACCUGAUAAUGAUGAGGACUGUCUUAAGGGCAGACACAUUCAGACUCCCUGUGCAAGAUGACAAAGUUUCUCUUCGAGAGUCUGGAUCUCAUUAUCAACAAGAAUAACUGGAGACGUUUAUCUGACGCUGCAGAUCUUUGGGAUUGAACAGCUGUUCUACAGAAACUCUUCCAGUGUUAACAAAAGCAGAACUUGAUGGUUUGAAGUUUGCAAAGACGACGUAUCAGAUAAUAAAAGUGAAAUAUUUAUACUGAACAUCUUCAUUUUGAUGUCGGCACUGUGCUUUUAAAAAGACCAUCCAGUCCCGGUUUUUAGUCCUCGACUCUUUCUGAACUUUUUGGAGUUGGGGUCAUAAUUUUAAAAAAAAGUGAAUUGCUGACUCGGUUCUCUAUCAUUUGUGAUCAUCUGCUGGAGGCUGUGGUGUUGGUUUCAGCAUCUUCUAGGUUCACUAACUUCGGUGCUGUACACGGUAAAUAACUUUGGAUAAGAACAUCAGCUGACUGCCCUGACUGUGAAGGUGAAUUCUGGUCUCUGAGGAACACUGAGCAGGGAUACGGGACUAAUAGUGAGUGAAUGGAAACCAGAUGGCUGAUGGCAGCUGAUAACACUGCUCCCCUCAUGUGCUUAGGUUGAACUGCAGUGGCUGCUAACUGCAGGUUCUCCUUUAAACCCUCUGAUACUGUGGGAGAAAAACCAAAGAAGAUUAUUAUUUUGUCCUGCUGCUUAUAAUCACUCCGUUAUGUUUGUGCACUUAUAUGUGAAGCUGUGGAUCCACACAGGAAGCUCAUCACUAAUAGCUGCAAACUUAAACGCCUGACAUUCAUAAAGGUAGUAGCUGCUAAAUGCCUGCAGCUGCUUCACAGCAAACACCUCUCAGCGGGAGGGAAUCUGUAGAAAAUUAUGGAUAAAUGUUGCUCAGCUGCAAAACUGGCAGGCUCCUCUGAAUCAGAGCUAAUUUAUAGCAUGUAAAAUUAAGCUGUGUUUGUAUUUGGAUCAACAAGUUGCAGGAACACGUGUUUUUGGUGAAAUCUCUGGCUAAACAUUUCUUUAAGUUAUGUUAGGCUGUUCACCUUGUUUGGAUGGGACAGCUGAAUAGAGACUGAUGGCACAGGGAGAGGAAAGGCCGGGGUCGUAGGUCUGCAGUCCGCAUCAUUUCCUUUUAAGAAAUCAAUGUACCUCGAACACUAGAUCUAAAACAGGCCCAAAUCAAACCGUGGCGUUUGUUUGGAGACACUGCCGUCCCUGCAGGUCAAACUGGCUCACAGAAAAGCACACAGAAGGAAUCACUGUCACCGUCCCUUCUGUUUGUCAUUUUUACAGAACUUCAUAAAAAUAGACUCAUGAGGACAAAUCCUUGGAUUUCCUUGUUAUUCAACUUCCUGAACCUUAAACUUCUCAUCCUCUCAUGCAAACGGUCUUUGGCUCGUCCCUGACCUUCGUGCUGAAGUUAACUUUGUGCCUCAGAGGAUAUCCGGUGCAUGCUCUUGGAUCGUAAAUGUCCUCCAUUAAAUCUGUUUGUCUUUGUUCUUUGGUUAUGUUUAAUCUGCCAACAACUGUUCACAUCUGGGCAUCAGGCAGAAGAUGAGUCCAGGUUUAAUAAAUCUGAAUCCACAGUCAAGAACCAGAGGCCCAGAAGAAAACGCAUCAGAGUAUUUCUAGUUUAGCAGAAAGAAAAAACAUCACAAAGAUCAGGCAUGAGCCAACUAUUCCAAUCUAAGUGAAAAGAAGUACCUCCAGUAGAUGUAAAUUCAGCUCUUGAAGUUCUCGAUAGAUGAGAGACGAUCUUCAGGAAUCAGGACUUGAGAAACCUCAAACCUUAACUUUUCACGACAAUGUAAUCUGCUUCAACGGCAUCAGAUUUAAGUAAUACAAGUGUUGGCUGUGCUUUGGCGGGAUAAAUCAGACUUAGGUUUGAUUUGCUGCCAUGUCUGAGGCCUGUCGCCAAUCAUCGAAGGUCUACUGCUAUGCUCCUGGUUUUGAGAUGUGUUGAUAAGUCCCGAGGGGUAAUCAUGCCUCUAUGAGAACUUGAUUCGCAGUCUUAUCUCUUGCUGGGCGUCUGUCUUAUCGAGAGAAACCUUUUGAACCUUACAGGCUUCUGUUCAAUCUUCAAUCCUUUCACAUUUGCUGCCGGUUCACUGCGCCGUGUGUGAUCGACAUGCCGGAUAGGAAGUUUUUCUGAGUAAAAGCAUCAGAUAAAGGAGUUAUAAAGCAAUCCUCCCCAAAGUAAUCUGUGUUUUUCCUCACUCAGCAGUUGUCAGGCCUGUCGCCAGCUCACCCACAUCUGCUCCAAGUACAACAGUCUACAAGAUACCAGAUGUUCAGCUCCAACCACACAAAAUAAAGACAGGCGCUUUCCGGAAAACCUCAAGUGGUAGUUCCCCACAGACUCCAGCUGACACAAGGAAGACCGUUCAACAAAGUGACCCAAAACAGCCACAAACCAGGACCGCUUGGAGGCAGAUACCAGGAACUAGUCUGAACCCAGCGCAAAGCAAAGCUGAAUCCAACAGAAGCUCAGCAGCAAUUACCCCGGUCAUACCACUGAUGAAGACCAGUGCUUUGAGACAAACCAAAGGAAUCCAACUUCACCCCCAAACCACAAAGAACAUCUCAGGACUAACGCCAAACCAAGUCAAGCCUGAUCAACCAAACACCAGCAACACCAUCGCCAAGACUUCCACAGAGAACCAGCCCACUGGGAGUGACAGAGUACCUUCAGGUGAGCCAGGUUUGGGAUUAUAGAGACUCUAAAAGCACAGUAGAGCCAGGUAUGAGGAAAAGCAGCAUUUACACACUUUUAUUUUUGAGCUGUGUUGGUGUUAGCGCAGCGUUACAGUUAUAAUCUUCACAAACUGACACCUAUAACGACCAAAAACCAAAUGAAAACCAUAAUUUAUUCGUCAUGUCAAAGGAAAUCUCAAGGUUUAGGCUAAAGCAAAGUCUCACCGGGGAUUUCUACACUGACCUGAGUUUAUGUUUCUCAGGAUUGGUUCAGUCUCUCGCUGUGAAUGUGUCGGCUACAUGUGCAAGUCGACCAUGCUUCCCCGGGGUUCAAUGCAUCAACCGCAGGCCGCCACAUGUCGGGUAUGUCUGCGGACGAUGCCCACCUGGACUUUAUGGCAACGGGCGCAUCUGCAUGAAGAACGCCAAGGCAGGUAAGUGAUCCUGCAGUUUUACGACUAACAGACCUGCUUGAGUCAAACCAAAGCUGUAUAAAUCUGCAAAGUCUCUUGGUGUUUGAGUCACAUAUGUCAUCUCCUGUCUUUCUUCAGCAUCCAAUCACCUCCCCCAGCAGCAGACGGUUGGCAAAACCAGUCGAUCCUCAUACGGAAGCAGCAGCAAAGUCUCCCAGCUCCACCUGCCCAACUUGCCCUCCAGGCACGGCAUCAAACACCUGUCCUUAGCCGUCACCAGAGCGAGCCGAGAUAACUCUCCGAGGCAGGCUCCUGCUCCAGGGAGGGGAGGAGGGACGGGAAGACGGGAGGCUUCUGGAGAUGUUCCCAGAUCAUCAGUCAGCGCCCUUCAUGUCACUGCAAACACUUACACCACCCACCAAAGAGUCAACCUCAGAUCUGACCUGAGGACAUACCCCAGAUCAAGCGUUACCAUCUCCAGGGAUUUUACAGUUCCACAUGUGACGGUCUCCAAGGUGAGUUGAUCGUCUCCAUGCAUUGUCUUGUUGAAAGGUGUCCAGUUGCAAUCUUUCCUGCACUUUGUGGUUCUUUCCCAGCUGUCCCAAGAAGCAUCAACUGGUACAACACUUUCCAAGGUAACACCACCAAGUCCUCAACUGCCCACUCAGUCCAAACAAACAACCCUGAACCACCUGACGUCUGCCCAAGCCAAACCCUGGACCCCUCAAAAACCAGUCCUCCCACUCACAGCAGCCUUCACUGCUCUGUCCUACUCGCUGUCUGAGUCCGAGUUCUCCGCAGACGGGGAUGAAGCUGAAACUGGAUCUCAAGAUCCAGAGAUGCUGGACGUAUUUCCAGCACUGACUUUCACAACACCGGGGAAGACCGGCUCUGGCAGCACGGUGCUACAAAGAGCCACCUCCAUCCCAACAUGGGUCAAGAGCGCUACAACAGCAGAGAAGCAUGUGUUGAGCUGCGCGGAUCGGCCAUGUUUUCCUGGUGUUCAGUGUGAACCAGCUGUAGAUGGAGGUUUCAGCUGUGGCAGGUGUCCGGUUGGAUACAUUGGAGACGGACGAGUUUGUCGAGGUAAGACUGCGAGGUUGACCUCAUGCAUGCUGGGAUACGGAGACUUAGACAACUCUCUGACUCCCUUAUACUCAAAAUAUACACUGAAUGAUGAUCACUUCAGUUUUGUAGAUGAUCACCCUGAUCUUUGCUGGUUGGCCAGACACAGAAACCAAUCAGCUGAACCUUGUUUGUUUUUCCAGCUGUUUGCAGGCACAUGUGUGGAAGGAACAUGGAGUGUGCUGCACCAAAUACGUGCCGCUGCAAACCGGGGUACACAGGACCUGACUGUCAGACAGGUAAACCAAUCAUCUGUCUCUAUUACGGCGCUUUUGUUUCUCUUUUAAUCCGUUUGUUUUUCACUAUAUCUGAUCCUGUGCUGUGUUUUGUUCCAUAUUUUGUCAGCAAUCUGUGAGCCGGGCUGUAAGAAUGGGGGUGUUUGCAUCGCUCCAGGUGUGUGUCAGUGCCCCAGAGGUUUCCAUGGAGACACCUGUCAGGAAGGUAGAUUAUUUUUCUUGCAUUUGUCAAAAACUGAGACUCUCUACCGUAAACUUCUAUGUAAUUGUUAUGAUGCCUUUGAAAUGAUGUAUCUGAUGUGAUUCUUUUGUGCAGCUCUGUGCAGGUUACCCUGUGAAAAUGGAGGCACCUGUGUAGGACUGCAGACGUGUUCUUGUCCUUACGGGUUUGUUGGACCUCGAUGUGAGACAAGUGAGUUCAGUGUUGCUGUAAUUCCCAUUUUUUUCAUCAACGAUGUUGUUUUUUCAUUGUUAAUCUUCGGUCUGCUGACUAUCAUGACUUUUUCUGAUGGUUUUAGUGGUUUGUAGUCGCCACUGUCAAAACGGAGGCCAGUGUGUGUCUCCAGACGAGUGCCUGUGUCCUGCAGGCUGGACCGGACCGUCCUGUGAGACCGGUGAGUGUGUUCUGUUGCUGUUAGUGUGUAUUCUGUGUGUUCGUGUGUUUCUUACCUGUCACACUGAAGCUCUCUCCUCUCUCUCCAGCUCUGUGCUCUCCCUUUUGUCUGAACGGAGGUUCGUGUGUUCGACCAAAUCUCUGCGAGUGUCCUCACGGUUUCUACGGAGCACAGUGUCAGAAUGGUAAAUUCACUGAGUCGUAUUUUCAAGCAAGCAAACUAUUUCAAACAUUUUACAUUUUACUUUUCCUCUUCCAGCUGUCUGCAGUCCUCCCUGCAAGAAUGGAGGUGUGUGCAUGAGGAAUAACGUCUGCUCCUGUCUGCAGGGAUACACUGGGAGGAGAUGCGAGAAAAGUCAGACUUCCUCCUCCUUCUUCUACGUCAGAUUGCUACCUCCAUGUCUUUGCUCUUCUUUUUAACUUUUUGCUCUUUUCUUUUGUGUCUUUUUACGGUUCCUGAAUUUUGUCUAAAGCGCUUUAACUCAGACCCAAAUCUUAUUACCAGAAUCUACAAAGCCAAACAUCUUUCCUUCCCUCUAUCUGCAGGUGUGUGCGAGCCCAUGUGCAUGAACGGCGGCAGAUGUGUCGGCCCAGAUGUUUGCGAUUGUCCGUCAGGUUGGCGAGGAAAGAGAUGUGAUAAACGUGAGUGCCAAGAUACAAGAAUGGGAUCAGAACAGACUUCUUAUGUUACCCAAUAUGAACUUCCUCAAAAUCAGCCUCAGGUUACAAGUCUUUAAAGCCAGAAUAUCAACAUCAACAUUCGGUCCUCAAACUUCAGGUUAGAGGUGGAGUUUUGUCACGUCUUCUGUAUGCGAAGCUCCACUAAAGUUUCUGGAUUUGCACAGCAUCUUUUUGCACCCCAGCUCUUCUUCAAAGCUCAUUUUGGUGACUGUUUGUGAGCCUCUAAUGUCUCCUGUGUUGCUCCUCAGCCAGCUGCCUGCAGAAGUGUCUGAAUGGAGGCGAGUGUGUGGGAGCAAACACCUGCCACUGCGCUGCAGGGUGGCAGGGCAUGCUGUGUCAGAUCCGUGAGUAUCCCACACACUCAGACACUGACUGCACUUUAUCUCAUCUUUAUGUCACUUGGUUGCCAGUCUUGUUUCUGACUGACUUAUAGGUUCACUUACAGAAUCCGCAGCACCCUUAGAUUGAGAGUUUUGUCGGGGUAAUUUCCAUCUAACCAGGCAGAUAAACCUGAUUGGUUCUUGUCUCAUGUUUGUGCUUUUUUUUACAGCUAUCUGUGAACAAAAGUGUCUCUAUGGCAGCCGAUGUGUCCGACCAAACGUCUGCGCCUGUCGGAGCGGAUUCUCAGGCUCUCUUUGCUCGAUCAGGGUGAGAAACUGGGGACUUCAUGCUGUCCUGAAAGUUUAGCGGGAUGUUCUUGUCUGAUACGUCUUUCAGUCAAGUUUGGAAGAUUGAGCUUGAAGUUGUGGAUUGUAUAUAAAGGGAGAAAUUGCACAAGCAUUUCAGAUAUUUUUACUGCUUCAUUUUUCCCAGCUGGUCUGGGUCGGGUCACAUGUGUGAGUCGGAGGAGCUGCACAUGAAGCAAACUGGAAACACGUGAAAAUGCAUCCAAUCUCAUGAAAUGACCAGUUACAGAUGAUGAUAUACGAGGACUCGGUGGAGAAAGCUGUGUUAAGUAAAUUUGGACCGAGAGCCUGCGAAGCUUCAAACAAAACAAUUCUGUGCAAACAUCUGACGUGCAGAAUCUCUGUGUUCAGAUCUGGAAGAAGUAAAAGGCGUAAAAUUUUACAUCUGUAUUCUGUCUUGUGGUCAGAGCCUCAAAAGUCAUUAGGGCGAGUGGUUUUUGUUCGAGUACACGUUAUUGAAUUUAGAUGCAUUUCUGCGCCUUUGGCUCGUUUUGACUCCCUGUUUUCUAUUUUUUGCAGCUCCCUAUUUCCCACGGUUGAGUCCUUCUAAAAAACAAGAGAAACCAAACAUUUGGAGACGAACAAGCUCUGUGAAACCUCCGGCUCACCUCAACCAUCAGUAAAGACAAACAUCUGAAGUCUCUCCACUGUGAAAUAAAUCGAAUCAAAUCUUUGUUUUUCUUAUUUUUGACCCAAGACUUCAUCACUGAAACAGAAAUAUCAGGAUUUUGAAAGCAGCUCAUUUCGUUCCUGUUACUAUUUCUUCUCCUGUGCAGAUUUUUUACUGUACAUGUCAUCCUGUUCAGGCUCUUCACCACAAACACAAACCUCUGUACGAGUAUUUAUUUAUUUGGUUGUUUUAUAUUGUCAU